AUGUCCAAGCUAAGCGAGGCUAAUGGUGGUUCUGAUACGACCCCGGGUCCCGGUCCCUCAACAGUAGGAGGUGAUUGCUCUCGGAAUUCUGAAUAUCAACGAAAAGAUCAACCUUCUGUCGCUACCAUGAAGUUCUCCAUUGCAAUUCUUGUGUCGCUUGUAGCCGCUGUUGCCAAGGCAGACGGCAACUUUCAUACCGUUAGUUUCUAUACCAACCAGAUUCUGUCCUUCUCGGGUAAUCUCACCGUUCCUCCACGAGUCCCGUCUGGUGGCGUUCCUUACCUCUGGCCUGGCUUACAGCCUCCCAACAACCAGGGGGUCCUUCAACCAGUUCUCGACGGCCGUAAUCAGCAUUGGUAUUUCGGCAAUGCCUAUGUGGGCAACCCCAGCGAGCCAUAUGGUGGAGGUCUCAGUUGCUCCGUUGGCCAGAAUCUGGGAUUCCACAUGAACAACAUCGAUGGAGGGGGGAAUUGGACAAUAGGUGUGGCAAACGGCGGGGAAAAGGUGGAAUACACCUUUGAUAUCGGACUCCAGAUGAAUCAAGCCCUGUUUGCCGUGGAGCUCUACCCGGGUACCAAUUGGGACUUUGGCAAUCUUGUCUUCAAGCAUGUCGUGAUUACGGCGGCGGGGACUGAUGCCUCCUGGUGUAGUCCGACGCCUCUUUAUAGCGCUGUUACCUUGACGAUCAAGGGUGUGAGGUCAUCAGUUUCGGGGAACGUCGUUACUUGCAAAAUUGCAAGUCUUACUAUCGCACCGCCGUAA